AACCUUAUUUGAUGGGGUUUGAAUAGAAAAUAAAAACCAUAUGCAACAAUAUAUCAGCAUUUUCAUUAUGUAGCUUUCUAUGCAAGAAAGCUGCUUUUUUCUUUCUACUUCACAUGUUAUUAAUUUCCUGUAGUGAUAUUCCACUACAGGAGCUCUUUAAACUUAUUAAUUGCCUGUAUUUCUCUCUGUAUAAAUGCAGACAAGUCUUUUUCGUUGUUGUUUGUCUGUGGGAGAGAAUAUUAAAAGAUAGUGAGGAUAAUGACCCCAAGCAAAUAUUCAAGGGACUGGGCUGAAUUUGUUGCACUACUACUGUGAUGUGAUAACAAUUAUGAUUUUGUUUCCAGUGUGGGAGGGUGGGCUGUAUAUGAAAGCUGCAGAAUGCACCUCUUCCUAGUCCGUCCCCCACAAAUCUUGUGUCGAGUGGAAUGGAGACCACAGGAGAACAUGCAGACCAGCAUGAAAUAGCCUCCCACUGGUCAACCAGUCAUACCAUGUUUGUAGGUGAAGUGCAGUAGCAGUUGCAUCAAGGAAUGUUAAUAUUUCAUUGUAAGUCAAUUAAAAUUUAAUUUAAUUUCUAAGUUCAGAGGAUUUAAAACCAGCAUAAUGAACUGGAAUAAAAUGUAAAGUCCUCUAGUAUCUAUUCUCUCUCAUCUUCUCGUCCUCACACACCUGCCUUCCCUCCAGGGUUUGCUUACUCACUGCCGACCUCUCUCCCAGACAGCUCUGCUCUGUCCAGAGGAAUGUUGAUUUGCUUGCAAGGAAACGUCUCUUCAUUCUCAGCCUGCCCUUUAUCUUAUGGAAACCUGGCUCUCAUCUAGAACACUGCUUUGCUUCCUUUACAGUUCUGCCCAGAGCAGAGUGCUCAUUCUUCCAUGAACCUUCCACGAGCUCCUCUAGAGAUGGGAGGAGGAGGGCUGACCUUCUUAAGCUGCAUGUCGCGGCUCCUACACCAGUCACCUCCCAGCCCAGGCUGGCUUCGUGGGCAUCUGUCCAGUGCAGUCACACGGGGCCCCGUGCUGCACAGAAGUGUCCCGUGCUUGGGGGUUUAUGCUCUGCAGUGGUCAUCUUGAAACUCUUGAUUAUUAUGAGCUGAAUUGUUAUGUCCCCCCCAAAAUUCAUAUUUUGAAGUCCUAACCCUCAAUAACUCAGAAUGUGACUAUAUUUGAAAAUAGGAUCCUUUAAAGACCUUUUACUUAAUAAGAUUAAAUGACAUUAUUGGGGUGGGCCCUAGUCCAAUAGGAUUGGUAAGAAAAGGUGCCUAAUCUUAUAAGAUUCAUGAUAAGAAGAGGAGAUAAGAACACAGACACAGAGGAAAGUGUAUGUCAAGACAAAGGGAGAAAACGGUCCCCUUUAAGCCAAGGAGAGAGGCCUCAGGAGAAACUAAACCUGCCAAUAUCUUGAUCUCAAGCUUCUGGCUUCCAGAAAUAUGAUGAUAUAAAUGUCUGUUGUUCAAACCGUUCAGUCGGUAGCUCUUUGUUACAGCAGGCCUAGCAGACUAACGUAACAGUUUUACCUUUUAAUUCGUAUUUUCUAAGUGAGGUCCUAUGGAACAGUGGCACCUGCAGCAGGGGCUUGGAGCUCGGGCUCACAGUGGGUUCCACCUCCCACCGCCUCCCACCGCCUCCCAUGCUCCCCUUCCCCAACUCCCAGCACCCUGGGGCCCACCCAGCCUUCCCCUUUCUGUCCCCUUCUUGGGACAGUGAUUGGGUCAUGUCAGCGGAGUAAGCCUAUGUGUGUCCCGCUGCUGCCCUCUGCCCCUGGCGAGGGACUGGAUGCAGGCACAGGCAGGGUCAAAGUCAGGGGAACACCACCCUGUGCCGUCUUCAGGGAGGGCAUGGAAGCACCAUCUCCUCUCCAGGCUGGCAGUGCCACUCUGUGUGUUUGAGUCUCCUGCCCACCCUAAUCCAGGCACCAAGUAUGGGGGUGUUCCUUCACGGCUGCCCUUCUGCUCUGGCUUGGGGUGGUGGGCUGAUUUCUUUGCCUUCGGCUGGGGUGCAGCAUCUCAGGGAAGGUUGGAAGCUGGUGGGCCAUGCCCUGAGUCAUUGGACAGAGCCCCCCAGGUGUCUGUAAGGGUCUGCACUCUGCAGGAUUUCCCUGUGUCCAAGGAAUCAAGACAUGAAAUAGUAAUAAAAACACCAUGACAGGUCAAGAGAGAGCAACUGCAGGAAAAAGAGAAUUUUUUUUUUUUUAUAUUUCAGUACCAUUAACAGCACUAUAUUUGAACAAAGGCCUUCACAUUUUCAUUUUGUACAGGGCCCCACAAAUUGUAUAGCUAGCUCUGCCCAGCCCCCCACACAAAAAGUCAGAACUUUUAGGGCUCAUACAGUCUGGCUAUUUCACCCUCUCCUCAAUUCUCUUGCUUCUGUAUAUAAAAUUUACUUCCUUGGUGUAUGCUCAGGCCACCCAAGAUGGCUGUCCACUUGCUCUCUGUACCUCCCCUGCUCGACCAGCUCCUGCUUCACCUGCACCUACUCACAGGACUGACCUUCCUACUUACUUGCCCCAGGCCACAGCUAGUGGUUGUUCUAACCUUUCAAUCAGAACAUCUCCACCAUGGUAGCUUAUCAAAGGGGCAGUGAGGGGCAAGCCCGGCUGCUAGUUUCCCUGGUAACCAGACAACCUGAAGUCAAUUCUCUCUGUAACUGGUAACCCCCACCUCCCAAACCCCUCGCCCCCAGUGAAGAUUGCCACCAUGUCCUGCCUGCCACCUGCUGCACAUGGUGCUGUGUCGCUGCAGGAUUUUGCUUCAGAUGUGUAAGAUCCCCACCUCCGAAGGCCACUAAACCAUUGAUGCCUCUGUCUUGAAGCUCGGCAAGUACAGGCCUUGCAGGCCUGCGGGGCACAGCCCAACACUCGGCUAGUAUCUUUAUUCCUGCUUCUAGCUAUCAUGGUGUGGUAAUCCACUGCUAACGUGUGGCACCCAUCUACACCUAGCUCUCUAUUUCACUGAUCUUCACAUUCGGUCUAGGGGAAGGAAUUCGCCCACCCUGUGCUUUGCAUCACCCAGCUGCUCCACCUCUCAACAUCAGCGUCAUGAUUUGAUCCCUAAACUUCGGGGCAAAUCAACUAGCUGGGUGAUAACUGCUGUAUCUGAGCCUCAGCUGCUUCACCUGCAAAAUGAAGUAAUGUUAACUUACUAGGGUUGCUAUACGGUUAAGUAAAAUAUCCAGGAUGUGCUUUGCAUGGUGCCUGGAGCACAGGUGUUCUCACUAAAUGGCUAGCGUUUCCCCCUCGGAUCACACAUGCCUAUCUUGCCGGCUCUCACUGGCUUACUCCGGUCAAACUGCCUGCAACACCGAGAUCUCCAGACUCUCAGUUUCUCCCUUUUCUGUCAGUUUAUCAUGACCACUCCUCAUCCCCAGGCUUCCCUUCCCUUGAAAAAAAAUAUCGUGUCGGCAUUCUCGUCCUUUUCUGCUAUAUCUAAUCUGUGAAAAAAGGUCUGGCUCCUCCCCGGUGCCCCGUGAUCUGCUUUCUCUGCGCCUGCAGCCAGGUGAGCCCGGUCAAGGGCCCCGCGCCACCGCGCAGACGCGGGCCUGCGCACCAGCGGUCUCCGCUUCGGCCCGCCCCUCGUGCCGCGCGCCAUCUUCAGUGGGCUCGGGUCGUCCGUCCGUCACCUCCAGGCCCAGCAGCGCUUGUUGGAAGGCUUUUCUCCAAGCCACCUUUCCUGGCUUCUGAUUCUAAGCCACUGUCUUUGCUUCCUGCUUGCGAGGGAAGAAACAGGCAGCGAGCUUGCCUCCGCGCUCCUGACGGGCAGCCCGGCGUAUCCUGCGCUCCCCCCCCCUUCCUCCUCCUCCAUCUGUCUUCUUGGCCUGUUCCUUCUAUGCUCUGGACCCCCUUUCUCCCCUUUACUCGGUCAGUUAUACUUUGUACUUCACCUUCAGCCUCUUGCUGUGUCGGCUUCUCUUCAGCAUAGAAACUUGUUCAUACAUUUUCCCCCCAGUGUUUAGGGGGGAAACCCCUUAGACCAUGUCUUCUCUAACUUCCUGUUCUUCUCGGCCAGGCUCUUUGAUAAAUCAGAUUGCACUGGCUCGCUCCCUUCCUUUAUUUCCUGUUUGUUCCUCAGUUCCUUGAAGAGAGGGUUUGCCCUCCUUUCCACGAAAAAUUCUCUCGGACAAUCAGUGGCCUUCUAACCGCCAAUUCUGGUAAUCAACGUUGACUUCACACACUUGAUUCCUCUGUGGCGUCCGACAUUGGAAUUCUGCUUCCUUCUGGAAAGGUCCUCUCCCUCCCCCUCUCUCCCUCCCCCUCUCUCCCUCCUCUCCCCCUCUGUCUCCCCCCUCCCCGUCUCUCUGCCCCCUCUUCCAAGGUAUGCAUCUCUCCGUUAUAUUUCUACCAUUUUAUCCUCUCCCUCUCUGCUUUCCCCUUCUCCUCUCCCUUCUCCUCCCCCACCUCCCUGCUAUUCCCUCAGGUGUUGCCAUUCUGGGCUUCCACCUCUGCCCCUCUCACCACCUCUGCCCCUCUCACAGCCUCCCUUGAUGAAUUCACUUGCUCUCUUGGCUUUAACCACCCUCGAUUUUCUGAUGAGCCCACAGUGCUGGGCUCCAGGCCCACUGGACCAGAGUAGCAUGGUGGAUUCCACAUUGAUCAGUGACACCGCGUACCAGCUGAAUGGACUGGGAGCCAACUGGUUAACCCAGUUAACCCUCUUCACCGAUUUCGCCCACCCUUCUGGAAGCUGAAGGUCUUAGAGUCUCGGAGCUGAUUGGCUGAUCCUGACCGUCUACGCCUCCCGGGUUUUCCGGAAUUCGGGUUGAACUCAGGAGACUUGAGUAUGGCCUCUCUUAGUCAGCCCUUGCGCGAGCUACUGGGACCUCUGCUCCCACCCAAGGACGUGGUGGAGGCGGAAGAUGAUUAUCUGCCGGAGGAUGUGGAGGAGGAUGAAGACGUUGUGUUUGUGGACGCCGAGGAGCUCUGCAGUGGGGUCAUAAAGGCUGGCAGCCUCCCCGGGCGGCUCCGCGUUUCAAUUUUUGAUGAAAACACUAAAGAGCCAUGUAAAGUAUUUGGACGUUUUCCGCUAACGGGUGCUUGGUGGCGAGUGAAGGUUCAGGUGACGCCUGUAGGAUCAAGGAGCUAUCAGGUUCAAGGAUUUCCGUCUUACUUUUUACAGUCUGACAUGUCACCGCCAAAUCAAAUACAGAUCUGUUCCCUCUUUCUUAAAGACUGUAAUGUACCCGCUGAUAACAGAAUUAAAUUUUUAGCAUGGGUAAAUGAUGGAUCAAGCCAUAAAGACCUCAAGUUUGAAAAUCUUAGGGAAAUAUUAAGAACUUUCCAGAAGGAAAUUGGAAUGAACGGUCAAAAACAACCUACACAGAAAACACAGGAAGUGUCACCACCAGGUUACGCGAUGCCCUUUCCUCUGGAAAACACACUGCCAUUUAUAACUGUAAUGAGAGCUUUGCGGUUUCCAAAAAUUGUGGAAUUCCUUCCAGUUCUUCUGCCUCGACACUUUAAACGACUCAUAAGCUCAGAUUCUGAAGAGGUGUUGGAGAAGAUAGAAGAGAUUUUAGGUACACAGCCAUGGAAACUUGGAUUUCGUAAAAUAACCUACAGUGAACUGAAGAUUUUGCGAUGUGAGGCAAGUUGGACAUCAUUUUGUCAGUGCAAAUCUCUUCUUCAGUUGAUGACUGAUUUGGAGAAGAAUGCUUUAGUAAUAUAUUCUCAGCUGAAGCAGUUCUGCAGAGAACAUGGGCACACGUGUGUUGAGGAAGCUGACCUAACUUUACAGUUGUCAGACUGGAUGUCUUUUCAUGAUGCUUGGCAGUCUCUGAAGUUCUUGAAGGAUAUUGGGGUGGUGACGUACGAGAAGGGCUGUGUCUUUCUCUAUGACCUUUACUGGGCCGAAAGAGGCAUUGCGUCUUCCAUAUGUGACCUGAUGACAAGGCCACCGUGGCAUUUAAAUGUCGACGUCAAGAAGGUGCUUACAUCUAUUCACACCACAAGAUCCGAGAAUUCAGGAAGUGAUGAUACACUGAAUGAGGGUAAAUCUGAUGAAACAGGAUUAGAAGAUUUGGUGGACAUUCUGGACACUCAGGACAUUGGUGACCUUAUUUGGGAUAAUGGUGAAAAGGAAGUUGGUGCAGAAAUAAGUGAAGGUCAACUGGAUCUGGGUCAAGUGGCUGCUCUGGAGAUGAUUUGCACCAAUGCUGUGACAGUCAUAAGUGGGAAAGGUGGUUGUGGGAAGACCACAAUUGUUAGCCAGCUUUUUAAGCAUAUAGAGCUGUUGGAAGAAACAGAAGUGAAAAAAGCUUGUGAAGAUUUUGAACAAGACCAGGAUGCACCAGAAGAAUGGACUACCUUCAUUGAGCAAAGUCCGCCUAAGGCGGACAAGGCUAUAGAAGUUUUACUUACGGCACCUACAGGGAAAGCAGCUGGCUUACUGAGACAGAAGACUGGUUUUAACGCUUAUACACUAUGUCAGGUCAAUUAUAGCUUCUAUUUAUGGAAGAAAAAUACGACCAAGGAUAAGCCAUGGAAAUUUUCUUUGGUUAGAGUUCUGGUUGUGGAUGAAGGAAGUUUGGUGUCUGUAGGAAUCUUCAAGUCGGUUUUAAAUUUAUUGUGUGAGCACUCCAAGCUUUCAAAGCUUAUCAUCCUCGGUGAUAUUAGACAGUUACCCAGCAUUGAACCUGGUAACUUGCUGAAAGAUCUUUUUGAGACACUUAAGUCAAGGAAUUGUGCUAUUGAACUAAAGACCAACCAUAGAGCAGAAUCUGAACUAAUUGUGGACAAUGCUACAAGAAUCUCAAGACGCCAGUUUCCAACAUUUGAUGCAGAGCUGAAUAUCUCUGAUGAUGCAACGUUCCCUGCCUCAAUACAAGAUAAAUCAUUUGUUUUUGUCAGACUCCCAGAAGAAGAUUCCAGUUCUCAGUUCUCAAAAAGUGAUCAUCAAUCUUGUUUAUAUUCUGUGGUUAAAACUUUACUCAAAGAAGAGGACCUACAAGAUGCAAAAACAUCACAAUUUAUUGCUUUUAGAAGGCAGGACUGUAACGUGAUCAACGCCUGCUGUUGCGAGCACUACACCGACCAUCUAAUCAAAGACCAUCAGAACAGAGUUGAAUUUGGAGUUGGGGAUAAAAUUUGUUGCACCAGGAAUGCGUACCUCUCAGAGUUACUCCCUGACAGUACCUCCAACAGCCAGCAAGAGAGUGAACUAAAGGCCAGUGGCAAGGACUUUAAUGGUGCUCUUUGUGGUUUUGCUAAAAAUAAGCAUGACUUUGAAAGUGGACUUCGGCUCUGCAAUGGAGAAAUAUUUUUCAUAACAGGGGAUAAAAUUGAUGUAACCUUUGGAAAGAAAAGAUUUUUGACCAUUAAUAAUAUGGCUGGCUUGGAAGUAACGGUGGAUUUUGGGAAACUAAUGCAAUAUUGUCACAUAAAACAUGCAUGGGCAAGAACUAUUCACACUUUUCAGGGGUCCGAGGAGAAGACGGUGGUGUAUGUGGUUGGGAAGGCGGGCCGCCAGCACUGGCAGCACGUGUACACGGCAGUGACCAGGGGCCGCUGCCGAGUGUACGUCAUUGCAGAAGAGUCUCAGCUUCGGAGCGCAAUUAUGAGACACAGUGUUCCCAGAAAAACUCGUUUAAAGCAUUUUUUGCAAAACGAGCUUUCCAUGAGUGGUGCGUCUCCAGCAGAUUUUGUAUCCCCGCCAGAGAGCACUGGAGACAGCAGGAGACCCAGCACACAGCCGCCAGCACCCCCACUCCCUCCCAGCACGACUGCCGUGGUGACCAGUGACGUCCCCAGAAGCGGGGCCUCUGCGGCUGACGACAGGGUGUUGACCCCCACGGAAGGAUGGAAAUGCUCUUCACCCGAUGAAGUGGAUACAAAGGAGGAUCCAUCAAAACCGAGAGGGUCCAAAAGAUCAUGUUGCACGCAUGACGCUGAGAGUCCAAACAAAAUGCUUAUGGUGGAAGAAUCAUCUCCACAAGUGUCUUCUAAAUUUCAGAAUUUGAGACUAAAUAAUUUAACCCCCAGGCAACUUUUCAAACCUACAAAUAAUCAAGAAAGUUAAUUUUAUUUCAGACUGCUCAAAAUAAUUGUUUUUUUCCAUUCAACACAAAAUGAACAUCAUGGCUUCAAAGGAUCAAGAGAAAAGAGGAUGUCUUUUAACUGGAGUUUUAAGGCAUUUGUGUUAGCAGGUGUUUUCAAUUAAUUUCAUCAAAACCGUAAUUUCAGCAUCUGUCAUCAUGAGAACUGGUAACACUGGUCAUAUGUAUGAGGGAAAAAUGUUAUAUAUUUUUAAAACUCUGUACUUUAUAAAGUGUUUUAUUUUUAAAAUAAUGCCUUAUUAACUUCCAUCAUUGUCGGUGAUCUUUGCUAAUGCGUUGAAGCAAUGGUAAAGAUAAAAUCUAAUUGUUUCUCAAAUUGACACACAUUCUAGGACAUUGUGUCUUCUGCAAAGCGGCGUCUCACAAGGCUGCCACUUGCUCUGUCACUGCUGCCUGAGCCCACUGCACCUGGUACGUUUUCUUGGAAAUUCCUUCUGAGCUGGAAGCACACUGUGUUUUGUUUUUGUUUUGUUUUCUUAAUUUGAGAUAUUCCUGGCAUUACUGUUGUGUAAGUGUACGAUGUGCAUCCUGUUGAUGCAGUACUGCUGUACUGCAAUGUAAUUACCACGGUGGCCUUAGCUGGUGUCUGUCAGGUCACGUAAUCAUCAUUUCUUCUGAGAGUGCCUUGUUUUGAAGAUAUUCCACUUUGGGAUUUUUUUUUUUCUCUCACAGUGAUUUGAUUUUUGUUUUUUGAGUUUUAUUUAUUAUUAAAUGGUAAAAAGAAAACAAUUAGGAAAAAUUUACCUGUUAUCCCAAUGUUUUAAAAAUAGCCUUAGCGAGAUAUGAUUCACAUACAACUCACCCACUUACACAACUGCGUGCCUUUUAGUAAGUUCAGAGUUGUGCAGCCAACACAAUUGAUUUUAGGACAUUUUUAUCAUCCCCCAAAGAAAUCCUUUACCUCCUCACUCUAAUCCCGUUAUCCCCUCCAGCCCAGAACUGCUGACCUGCUUUGUCUCUGUUGAUUUGCCUCUUCCAGACAUUUCAUGUAAGUGGGUUCAUACAAUAUAUGAUCCCUUGUUACUGACUGCUUUGACGUCACAUGUUUUCAGACUUCAUGCUGAAACUUACAUAAAGCAGUGUUGCAUGUUAACAGUGCUUCAUCUUUUUUUUUCUAAGAUUAAAAAAAUAUAUAUGUACAAAGAGCUAGCACUAUUUCUUUUACUGGGUAGAUGUCUUGGAUAAUCCAGUCAAGGAGGAUCGCUCCGUCCAACUUGAUGAAGCCAUAUACCUCAUGUACUGAUGGAAAACUGGCGGCAUAUGUUGAGGUUGUUUUUCCAAAUCAGGCCAUGAUGGUUUGGGCUGAUGCGAUGAGAUCAGGAGCCUUGGCUGAAUUUUUGCAGGUGGCUCCAGUGUUGCUGCUGGUGGUCCAUGUUACUUUCAGUAGCACAGUGAGGCGGAAGGCCUCCGUCUCCUUUUAUUACCAGAUAUUCCAUUGUAUGGAUAUACUGCAUUGAAUUCAUCCAUUCAUCAGUUGAUGGACAUUUGGGUGGUUUCCACUUUUUGGCUAUCACAACUAAUGCUUCUGUGAACGUGUGUGUGCAAGCUUUUGUGUGGGUGUAUAUUUUCACUUCUUUCAGGUAUGUACCUGGGAGUGGAAUUGCUGGGUCAUAUGGUAACUAUAUUUAAUAUUUUGAGGAACUGCCAAACUGUUUUCCAAAGCAGCUGUACCAUUUUACAUUUACACCUGCAAGGUGUGAGGGUUCUAGUUUCUCCUUUCUCUCCAGCAUUUGUUAUUGUCUGACUUUAAUUGGAGCCAUGCUAGUGGGUAUGCAGUGACAUAUCGUUACGGUUUUGAUUUGCAUUUUCUCUCUUGGCUGAUGAUGUUGAUCAUCUUUUCAUGUGUUUAUUAGCCAUUUGUAUGUCUUCUUCAGAGAAAUGUUUAUUCAGAUGAUUUGUCCACUUAAAAAUUGGACAUGAUAUUUUUUUAUUGUGGAGCAUGUGUUCUUAUAUAUUCUACAGACACACAAAUCUCUUAUUAGAAACAUUAUUUGCAAAAUUUUUCCCAUUUUGUAGAUUUUAUUUUCACUUUCUUUGUGGUGUCUUUUGAAGCACAAGUUUUUAAUUGUGAUAAUGCCCAAAGUAUGUAUUUUUGUAGUUAAGGUUGCUUCUAUUUUUGGUGCUGUAUCUUGGAAACCAUUGCUUAUCCAAAGUCAUGAAGACUUACUCCUAUUUUUUCUUCUGAGAGUUUGAUAGUUCUAGGUCUUACAUUUAGCUCUUUGAUUCGUUUAUUUUUAUUUUUUUUAUUUUUUAUUUAUUUAUUUUUUUAGAGGUGGUACUGGGGAUUGAACCCAGGACCUCGUGCUAAGCACAUGCUGUACCACUUGAGUUAUACUCUCCCCACUCUUUGAUUCAUUUUGAGUUAAUUUUUUUAUGUGGUGAGGUAGUCGCCCAGCUCUGUUCUUUUGCAUGUGGAUAUCCAGUUGUUCCAGUUCCAUUUCUUGAAGAGACUAUUCUUUCCCCCAUUGAAUUGUCUUAGCAUCCUUUUCAAAAAAUCAGUUAUAAAUGUGAGGGUUUAUUUCUGGAUUCUCCCAUCUGUUCCAUUGGUCCAUACAUCUAUCCUUAUGCCAGUGCCAUGGGUCUUCAUGAGCUUUGCAGGUUUAAAAUCAAGAAAUGUGAGUCCUUCAAUUUAUUUUUCUCUUUCAGGAUUUCUUGGCUCUUCUGGGUCCCUUGCAUUUCCAUAUAAAUUUUAGGAUCAGCUUGUCAAUUUUGACAGGAGCCAGCUGGAAUUUUGAUGAUGUUUGUGUUGAAUCUGCGUAUCUGGGGAGAGCAAUAUUAACUUCCAUAAACAUGGAUGUCUUUCUGUUUAUGUCUUCUCUUAUUUCUUUCAACAGUGCUUUGUAGCUUCAGAAUAUAAGUUUCAUACUUUUUAAAAGUUGUAGUACAGUUGAUUUACCAAUACUGUGUUAGUUUCAGGUGUACCGCAAAGUGAUUCAGUUGUAUGUAUGUAUAUAUGUGUGUGUAUAUAUAUUCUUUUUCAGGUUCUUUUCCAUUAUAAGUUAUUACAAGAUACUGAAUAUAAUUCCUUGUGCUAUUACAGUAGGUCCUCGUUGUUUGUCUAUUUUAUAUAUAGUCGUAUGUAUAUGUUAAUCCCCAAAUCCUAAUUUAUUCCUCCCCCUUUCCCCUUUGGUAACCAUAACUUUGUUUUCUAUAUCUGAGUCUUUCUGGUUUGUAAGUUCAUUUGUACCAUUUUUUAAGAUUCCACUUAUAAGUGAUAUAUUUUUACUUCACUUAAUAAUCUCUAGGUCCAUCCAUAUUGAUGCAGAUGGCAUUAUUUCAUUCUUUUUUUAUGGCUGAGUAAUAUUCUUGUGUGUGUGUGUGUGUGUGUGUGUGUGUGUGUAAAUGUGUGUAAGUAAACUGCAUUUUCUUUAUCCAGUAAUCUGAUGAUGGACAUUUAGAUUAUUUCCAUGUCUUGGUUAUUGUAAAUAGUGCUGCUAUGAACAUUGAGGUGCAUUUUAUCUUUUUGAAUUAGAGUUCCCUCUGGAUAUGUGCCCAAGAGUGGGAUUGCUGGAUCAUAUAGUAAGUCUAUUUUUCAUUUUUUAAGGAACCUCCAUACUGUUCUGCAUAGUGACUGUACCAGUUUACAUUCCCACCAACAGUAUAGGAGGGUUCCCUUUUCUCCACACCCUCUCCAGCGUUUAUUGUUAUUUGUAGACUUUUUGAUGAUGGCCAUUUUGACUGGUGUGAGGUGAUACCUCAUUGUAGUUUUGAUUUGCAUUUCUCUAACAAUUAGCGAUGUUGAGCAUCUUUUCACGUGCCAAUUCGUCCUCUGUAAGUCUUUGGAGAAAUGUCUGUUUAGGUCUUCUGCCCAUUUUUUGACUGUGUCAUCUGUUUUGUUUGUUUGUUAUUGAGUUGUAAGGGCUCUUUAUGUAUUCUAGAAAUGAAUCCCUUGUUGGUUGUAUGGUUUACAAAUAUUUUCUCCCAGAUUGUCUUUUUGUUUUGUUUAUGGUUUCCUUUGCUUUGCAAAAGCUUUUAAAUUUAAUUAGGUCCCAUUUGUUUUUGCUUUUGUUUCCAUUACUCUAGGAGAUGGAUCCAAAAAAGUAUUUCUGCGAUUUAUGUCAAAGAAUGUUCUGCCUGUUUUCCUCUAGGCGUUCUAUAGUACUUGGUUUUACAUUUAGGUCUUUAAUCCAUUUUGAGUUUACUUUUGUAUAUGGUGUUAGAGAAUGUUCUAAUUUAUUUCUUUUACAUGCAGCUCUCAUUUUCCCAGCACCACUCAUUGAAGAGACUGUCUUUUCUCCACUGUAUAUUCUUGCCUCCGUUGUUGUAGAUUAACUGACCGUAAGUGCGUGGGUUUAUUUCUGGGCUCUCUAUCCUGUUCCAUUAAUCUGUGUGUCUGUUUUUGUGCCAGUCCUGUACUGUUUUGGAAACUGUAGCUUUGUAGCAUGGUUUGAAAUCAGGAGGCAUGAUACCUCCAGCUCCAUUCUUCUUUCUCAAGGUUGUUUUGGCUGUUCAGGGUCUUUUGUGUUUCCAUACAAAAAUCUCAAAUUUUUGUUGUAGUUCUGUGAAAAAUGCCAUUGGUAAUUUGAUAUGGAUUGCGUUCAAUCUGUAGGUUGCCUUGGGUAGUAUGGUCAUUUUAACAGUGUUGAUUCUUUCAGUCCCAAGAACACAGUGUGUUUUUCCAUAAGUUUGUGUCAUCUUCAGUUUCUUUAUCAGCAUCUUACAGUUUUUGGUGUACGGGUCUUUUACCCCCUUAGGUAAGUUUAUUUCUAGGUAUUUUAUUGUUUUUGAUGUGAUGGUAAAUGGGAUUGUUUCCUUAAUUUCUCUGAUAGUUCAUUGUUAGUGUACAGAAAUAUAAUGGAUUUCUGUAUAUUAAUUUUGUAUCCUGCAACUUUAGUAAAUUCAGGAGCCUACAGGUUGUUGGGUGGGGCCAGGUCUUGGCACUAAUGAUGCAGUAUGUCAGCUGUGAGGAGUGUUCAUGCAAUUAAAUAUUCCCCCAUAUGUCUGCCACCAGUGCCUGUGUCCCCAUUUAAGCCACAGCUACCCCCACCCGCCACCCCUCCCAGAGAGUCUCCAAGACCAGCAGGUAGGUCUGGCCCACGCUCCUAUUAAAUUACUGCUUUUUCUUCGGGUCCUGAUGCGCAUGAGUUUUUGUGUGUGCCCCUGAAGAGUGAAGUCUGUUUCCUCCAGUCCUGUGGGACUUCUGCAAUAAAGCCUCACUGGCCUUCAAAGCCAGUACCUGGGGGCUCGUCUUCCUGGUUCUGGGUCCCAAGGCUGAGGGACCUGGCGUGGGGCUCAGAACUCUCACUGCUGUGGAAGAGCCUCUGCACUAUAAUUAUUCUCCAGUUUGUGGGUUGCCCACCCGGGUGUAUGGGAUUUGAUUAUAUCGUGAGUCUGCCCCUCCUACAGGUCUUGUGAUUCCUUCUUUAUGUCUUUAGUUGUAGAAAAUCUUUUCUCAUAGGUUCCAGUCUUGUUCAUUGAUGGCUGUGCAGAUAGUUAUGAUUUCGGUGUGCUUAUGAGAGGAGGUUAGCUCAGGGUCUUUCUACUCCACCACCUUCCAAACCUACUCGGUACUUUUAUUAAAUUUAUUCCUAAAGAUUUUAUUUUUGAUCCUAUGAGAAUAUAGUUAUUUUUGGUUCAUUGAUAUAGAAUAGAAAUACAGUUGGUUUUGGUAUAUUAAUCUUGUAUCUUACGACCUUGCUAAACUCAUUUACUAGUUUCAAUAGGUUUUUUAGUGGAUUCCUUAAGAUUGUAUGUAUACAAGAUUAUGUCAUCUGCAAAUAGUUUACUUCUGCCUCUCCAGUCUAGAUGCCUUUUGUUUCAUUCUCUUGUCACACUGCCCUGGCUAGACCCUCUAGUACACUGUUAAACAGAAGUGGCAAGAACGGACAUCCUGUCUUGUUCCUGUGAAUUUGCAAGGCCAUUUUAAAAAUAAAAAUGUUGGGACCAUAGGUGUAGUUUUACAGAUAGCAUGAUUAAAAUUUCUACAUGUUAACAGUUUAUGAUGUUACAGAGUACAUAUAAUGUUCUGAAGGCAGAUGUGAUCCUUGCAUUCAAAUCAAGCUUUGUCACCUGAAGUAAAUGUACAUUAGUCUUGGAGGUGUUCCGUUUGCAGGCUGUUCUGGCACUUUGCAUGUGUCACACCUGGCCUCGUGACAGUCGUGGAGUGUAGAUACGACCUUCAGUACUUCAGGUGAGGAAACUGACUCACAGUAAGUACAUUUCAUACUGCCAGUGUGAGUACCAGCGCUGGAAUUCAAAUCCAGAUCCAAUUUCAAAACCGGUGUUCUUCCUACUUUCAUGUUGCUUUUCAAGUUUAUAGAGAAACUUUCAGCCUUUGAAAAAUUAUGUAACCAUAAGUAUUGUGUACGGCUCAGUCCAGAACACACACACAAAACCUGUCUUUGUCUUUUUUUUUUUUGGCUUUUUAUAAUCACUGUUUAUUCCAUUUGGUAGAGGGUUUUUUUUUCCAUACAAAUAUUUGCAACAAUUUUGAAUUCCCCAAAACCAUACAUAGACGAUAAAUACCAUGCUAUUAAAGUAUUAAAUUUGUACAAAAAUACUUUACAGUUUAAUACUUGUUUGUUACAAAUAAAAAUACAUAUUUAAGUGACUCAUGACCUUUUUUAUCUUAACAUGAUUCUGCUUUAUACUUUCUUGCCCUGGCGGUUCUGAGAUAUGAUUGAAAUAAUAUAUUCCUUUGCACAAAAAAGAAAGGUGAACUUUUUCCUUAAACAAAGGACACAGUGUUCAAAUGCUUUUACCUAAGCGGUUGUUUGAAUUAUUAACCAAAAUAAAUGUUUGGAAAAUAAUUGUUUCAAUAUGGAGAUUCUACAGUCAAUAUACAGAUCUAUUUUUUAUAUUCACCAAAUAACAGUUAUUAGUGUAACUAUUCAAAAUAUCUGAACAAAUGAAAACAGUUGCUGACAAACAGUAAAAGCAACUGUCACAAUUUAUUGCUUUGAGGGAUGGUAAUAAUUGGCAAUGCAUUUUGUGAAAAAUGUAUUUACAAUUUCAGUAAGUGGCAUGGCUCAGAACAAAAGAUAGUCCAGUGUCAUUACUUUUAAGUACAUGUGCUGUACACCCGUCAGUGUAACCAGUUUUCCAAACAUGUCAAGCAGUAUGAGUUUGAUUUGCCUCCCAUUAAGAGAAACCUUAUGUUUAUAGACUCUUCAUUCUCUGUCAGAUUCUUAGUUUUCAAUUUUAAAAAUAAGAUAAUAUAACUAAUUCUGUGUUACUAAACACCCUAAUUCAUUAUCAGAUUUUUUUUUUAGCUAUGAAAAGUGUGUCCUUAAAAAAGAAAAACAGGUCACAAGACAUAUCCUGUUUGAUAAUUUGUUGCAUAGGGAAGUAGCAUACAUCUUAGUUAAAAUCAUUCCUAUACUUGGGCAAACAUUUACCACCACCUAUUAUGGUCUCCUACGUGCAUCGUUGCUGAAACAUGGUAAGAUAACUCAGUGUUAUGCCUGUUCCCCUCCCAUAGCAGCAGCCUCAGCAGUUCACCAGCCUAGAUCCCCUGGUAGAGCCAGCUUCAUGAACAGCCUUGUUGGUUAAGUUCUUACAUUGACUUCAUAGUAAGAAACUGAUUUCAAAGUGAUUUAAGGAAAUUACCAUAGAGAAUACUUUCAAAGAGACACUUCUCUUUUUAAAAAGGAACAGGAAGAUGAACUUGUAAAAAAAAAAAUUUCCUCCAAUGUUGUGGAGAGGGGUGACCUGCCUGUUUUUCUUGUUCUCUACCCCUUGGGCUUGGCAGGGAAUGGCCUGUCAUAGACCAUAGUGAUCACCAACAGAGAAACCGCUUCAACUUGAAAAGGGACGUGAACAUGAGCCAUGAGAGAUUUAAAAGACCCCUGUGCUUGCAGUUAAUGCUGUGUGAUUAUCUGUGCUUCAAACGUCACAGAAAUCUUAAAGGGAUUUUUUUUUAGCACCAUGUAGAUAGUCUUGUCCCGCUUUAUAAAAAGCGUUGCUAUAAUGUAUUAGUGGGCUCUCGUAUCUCCAAAUUACCACCAUGACUAGGCUGUUGGAAGAAAGCACUGUUCUGUUCCCCCCAUUCUCCUCCAGGCAGAGUCUGCUCUAUGGACUUCUGUGGAGCCAGUGGGUUCCUGCUGAUUACCAGGUCCAGCUUGUUACCGGAUUCUGCUAUGAGCGGCACAACGAGGCAGCAGUCGAAGUCUCUCGUUCGGACAUGAUUCACCUUAAAGUUGACAGUUUUGGCGACCACUAUGAAGGGACCCAGAGCAGACUUCUCUCCUUCACCUGAAUUCGACAAGGAUCCGGAGCCUCGGUACCAGCAGAGGCCUCUUGGGCCCACCUGACACCUCGGAGAGUCCAGAGGAAUUUGGAUUUAUCAAAAGAAUAAUAGUAAUUUGAUGUGAUAAAAUUCUUAAACGAAACACAAAUGAGAGACUGGAAGCUCUUAGGUCCCCAGUGGCUCUAUCAGAUAAUAGGAAGAUCAUCUCCUAACAGAUACAGGAAUCUCAAGUUAGAAAGAGCCCCUUCACUGGACUGGCCUAUAGAGGACUGCUCACCUUGAAACAAUGCUCAAAUGGAGAAGAAGCUACCAGACCAGGAUUAGAAGAAGACGACAUAUGAGGUAGACAGCUGACCCAAGACACCGGACCAGGCCUGUGUACCAAUUACUUUGAUAAUUGCUCAUACCUUUGCUUAUGAACUAAUCCAAUUGUUAGGUUUAUGGUCAGUUACCUAUAUCUAGCACUUCUGUGUUACCUUGGUGGGUUUCCCUACUCCAAGGCUCUAACUAGAUAGCCCUCAGGAAAUUAAUUCUGGAAAAAAAAAUUAUAGUUCUAUUUAGGCCGCUGUUGACAUUACAAGGUGAGAGCCCUCACCUGGCCAAUUACUAAUACCUGCUCUGAGGCUGGCCAUAAAUACAAACUUUCUUAUAAGGUCACUCAAGCUCAAUCAAGCCAACAGCAGAGUUUCAGCCAAAGAAUAUAACCUCCCUCAAUUACGGAAACGACUUACAUGGUUAACACCAGGUUAUGGACGUUUAAGUUUAAAGGCUCUCUUACGUUGGAAAAAAAUUAAACUAUACUGAAGAUAACCAGCCUAAUAACACUAGGAAAUUUGGCUGGGAGUCUCAUGAAUAAUGCCGGUAUAACGUCUUCCUUGAAGAUAAGGAUUGGUACAGAACAGACCUGGGGGUCAGAUGACCUGGGAAUACACUGAGCUGCACCUAAUGGAAGUUUUCAGCUUAAAUUACUUAUGACCUUACUAAUACUGCUAACUAUAUUUGAAUUUUGCCGGUUUUACAAAAUCGUUGCUUCUUGCAUUAUCAACAGUGUGACUGAGCCUCUGAUAAAAUAAUGACUAGGGAACUUGAAACAGUAGACCAGCUACAUACUUCUGUAUGAGACCAGUGAUUGUAAUGGUGCAACUCUAGAUAUGGGAAGAAGCAACAAGAGGGAAUAUUUUCCUGGAUCAGGAUACAUUAGUGAUGAGUAAUCAACAGGGCCUGAUCCCUGUUGCCACUCAUAAUUGUUACGUCAACAGAAUCUUUCUCCUGAUCUAGGAAUGAGUUUUCCUAGCACCAUAGGACAAAACUGGUCAUGAAAUGUCUCCCAAAAUUACUGGUCGAAUUUAGGACGAAGGGGGAGCACUGUAAACCAAAAAUACUGCAAACUCUUAGCAGUAAACAAAGAAUACUGAAACCAUCAAGCCAUCAGCGGCUGCCGCCACCCCCCAGUGAAGACAAUCCUGCAGCCCAGCCUCUGCAGCCACUCACAAUGGUGCCCUCUGAGGGGACUCAGAAUAAGAAAGGACAGGAUACAGGCCCUAGAUAGAUAGCUGCUUGUCAAAGGAAUGAGUUCAGUGAACCCAAAUGUUUGCUUCCUCCCAUACACAGAGAAAGAGCUAAAUUCUUUAAAUUGAGAUGCCUGGUUUUCUUUAGUUAACAACUAAUCUUUUAAUGUUCCACCUACCUGGUCUUUGUAGUAAAGCUCCUGUAUAUCCUGGCUCCUCCCCUGCCUCUUUGGAGCAGCCCCUCAGAGCGAUCUGGGAGGCUGUCAUCCCGGGCUCAAAGGGGUUCAAGUCCUCAGAAAUGUCCGCCGAAUAAAACAUAACUCUCAGCCUCCAGGUUGUGCAUUUAUUUCAGUCAACAGCUUAGUCAGGUGGACCUUAUAUAGACCUCUUUUGCUUAAUUAUGUUGUGGGCUAGAUACAUUUCAGUGGGGACUGCUUCCCCUGCUUGGUAUUAUAGGACUGGGCACAUAAAUCUGCCCCUCAAGAAAUAUGAAUUAAACGUACUAAAGAAAACUAAUAGGGUUACCUGAGCAGUACAAUAUAAAGUACAACUAAAAGCUAAUAUUCAGGGGCUAAUAAAAAUAAUGGAGAUUUACUCUAGGUUUAACUUGUAACCCAAGAAAGAGAGCCCUUGUUAAAUGCCUUAUGCAAGCCUUUGAAGACAUGAUAAAGUAAACACUAAUGUUUUAAAACCUGGAACUCUUUGUUUGGAAGUCUCACUGAUACAAAAAAGCAAAUUAAGGGGAUACAGUUGGACUUAGGUGACAGACCAGUUCUUUGGUGAACUAAAUGCAACUGUCUUUGUCUUACAAAUCAGAAAUGUAAAUACGACAUUGACCUGAGACUGAACCUAAUUAGAUCAACAGAGUAAAACUUAAGGCCAAGGAAAUUUUUGGCAUUUGGAGCUCAGAACUCUGAGGGUUCCUUCAGACUUUCUCAAGGACAAAUACAAACCUUCAAAGUCUUUUCCAUAAAUAGUAAGCCUUAGUGAUUUGAACAAGCAAAUUCAACUUAUUCCAACUAUUAUUUAUAAGCAAUAAAUUUAUAUUGUAAUACCUAACUCAUAACUAAGUUUUAAAGUGAAGCUAUGAGGUCUCUAGUUUUGUCUGUUUAUAAGUCUGUGUACACAUUAUAGGUAUAAGAUGUCUCUACUGCUAAAAAAAAAUCAAUUAAAUUUAUAAGAGAGUUCUAUUUAAUUGACUUAAAAGUAAGAGCUUACAAAUUAAAUAUUUCUAAAAUAAAAACUGGCCAAAUUGACUUUUAGGUUCACGUGAACUGGGAAAUAUUCAAUAUUAAGUUUAAUACCUGGUAUUAAGUUUAGAUUAAGUUUCUUGAUCUAAUUAGAGUCAUCAAUAUUAAGUAUAAUACCUUUACUGUACCUAGGUUUAAUGAAAGUCAAAUCUGCAGCAGAUAUAAUAACAGUAAUUUGGUAUGAUACAAUUCUUAUAAGUACAUUAAAUACAAAUGAGAUAAGAGCUUUUGGGCAAAUGCUUUAAUUAUAUUUUAGGAAGGUAUGCUUAAAAUAAUCUCUGCAAAUAUUUGGUAUCAUAAAAUUCUAGAGUUGUGCUAAAUUAAAUGAUGGGAGUUUAUUAAAUAACUAGGUCAUUCCCAAAUAAAGUAAGAUAUUAAAACAUUACUUACUAAACAUCGGCUUGCCUUUACAAAGAAGCUAAAGGUAUUUGGUCCUAUUGAUAAAUAUGUUUGGUGCCACCCUAAGAGAUUUUCUGUAAGGAAGCACAUGAUUUUAUAAAUUAUUUAUUGGCUACAGAACGCUAAGAAAGAAGACAAUUCGUAAUUGCUUAUAUCCUCGUUUUCACAGGAAAUCAAGGAUUUUAAGAGUUAAAUGUUCUAAUUUAGAUAUGUAAAGCUACUAUAAAAAAUUAAAUAUUUUGGCAUACAGUAGAAAACCUGUUUUCAACAAAAGAAGGUAUAAAAGAUAAGACUGCAUUUUGCUACUUAGAGUUGGUAGUUUCUAGAUGGGAGAAUUAAGCGAUAAAAUAAUAUGGAUACAGAAAGUGAUAGAGUUGAGAAGGAAUCCUAAAAGAGUUUUUUGUUAAAAACUGGUACGAGACUGGGUUUUAAUUCUAUAUGUUACGAACAGUUUCUUAGAGUGCUACUUUUGGUACCAGAUUGUGUGAGUGUGCUGCAAGUUAUUUCUGUCUCUAGAACCAUUGUCACUUCCGUAGAGUAGGCACUGUUUCACAGUGACCUAUGGUUUUCUCUGACCACGUGUUUUCAAGCUUUAACAAGCUUUCCCAAAUACCAAAUUCUAAGGUUCUUUUGGCCUCCAGCUAACUUUGGGGUGCUUCAGAGGGCCCCUGAAACAUCCCACAGAGAUCUUAAACUAGCUAGACAUAUUUGGUAUGUUAAGUUACUUAAAAAAAUUGUCAAGUAACUGGAGAUAAAACUUAGUCACUAAGUUAAAACCUUUUAGCUCCACAAUAUAACCUAAUACAGUUAUUUUAAAAUUUGUAUAAAAUUCCUAGGAAUCUAAUAAUCAGUAUCAGUCAUAAUGCUAAUUAUUAUCUUAAAAUGUUGUAUGUCAAAAAUAUCCAAGUUGCUUGUUAACUGCAGUAUAAUCAAAUCUUUAACCUUGACAUUUUAAGUCAUUAUAUAAACAUUUAUAUAAACAGUCAUUGUUUUACUCUGAUGCUUUUAUAAAAUGAAGAUCCUCAGGAAGAUUCAUAAACAAGGGACUUUUAAAAAAGUUCCUGAUAACUUUUAGAUCAUACCAGUGAGCUGGUAAAUUAUAAAACUCUAAUGGAAACCUGAUGACUUUAUCCAGAUAAACAAAUUAAUUACAUGGAACUAAGUGAACUGAUAAAUAUGAUUGAUAAGCUUAUGAUUUUUGAGAAACAUACUGGCCUUUAUUCUCCAGGAAAACCUUUACUCUUACUCAGUGACCUACAACAAGUUGGUGAAAUAUGCCUUUGUAAACAAGGAUGAAGCAUUCGUCUUUUUCUCUCCAAUCUCCAGCUGGCUCCCCUGUGGAUUUGAGGGUUACUGCAACCAGAUUACAACUAGUUAUACUGAUCAUUGUUGUAAUUUGUUCUUUGUUUCUGAAUUGUUAUGCUCUGUAUGAAUUUAUUAAUACUCCUAACUGUAUUACUUACUCUAUUUUAUAAGAUUGUCGUCUCUCACAUUUCCCAAUGUAUAACUAGGCCUCAGACAAGAUGGCCAAACAUCUUGGAAAAACAGAUCACAGUAUAACCCUGUAUAAAAUAAUUGUAAUUAGUGUGAUUCUAGGUAUGGGAUUGAGCAACAAGGGGAAACAUUUCCUGGAUCAUAACAGACUGGUGAGACAGGCGAUCCAGACAAUUUUUGAGUGUCAACAGGGCCUGGCCCAACAACUAGCACUUUGAGUGGCAUGUCACCACAGUCUCUGCCUGACCUAGGAAUGAACCUUCCUAGCGCCCAGGGGCAAAAUUGGUCACGAAAUGUCUCCCAAAAUAUUGGUCGAAUUUAGGGCCAAGGGGGAGCAACCCUAUCAGUAAACAAAGAAUGCUGAAACCAUCAAGUCCUCAGCGGCUGCCGCCACCCCCCAGGAAGACAAGCCUGCAGCCCGGCCUCUGCAGCCGCUCACAGUGGUGCCCUCUGAGGGGACUCAGAAUAAGAAAGGACAGAAUACUGGACCUGGAUAGCGAGGUGCUUGUCAAAGGAAUAAAUUCAAUGAACCCAAAUGUUUGCUUCCUCCCAGACAUGGAAAAGUGCUAAAUCUUUUAACUUGAGAUGCCUGGUUUUCUUUAGUUAACAAGUAAUCUUUUAACCUCCACUGACCUGGUCUUUGUUGUAAAGCUCCUGUAUAUCCUGGCUCCUCCCCUGCCUCUUCGCAGCAGUCCCUCAGAGCGAUCUGAGAGGCUGUCAUCCCGGGCUCGAAGCGGUUCCAGUCCUCAGAAAUGUUCACCGAAUAAAAUAACUCUCAACUUUUA